AGCUGGAGGAUAUCCAUCCAUUUCGAGACAUAAUAUCUUACCACUGUUAGUUUUCACCUAUACUCAUAUUCAGAUGCCUACUUUAAAUCGUUGUCGUUCAUAGGCGUUCAAUGAUGGCUUUCGAAGUUAUUAACGCAACGAGUGGAUUUAUUCCCUGAAAUAUUAAACAGUGGAGAAAAUCUUAUUUCCCCGCAAUUUAUUUUCCUCUUUAUUUCGACAGCUGUUAGGCGUUAAACGCAACAGUCGCUUUCGUCCGUUAGGAUCUAAUAUUUAAGACGCAAAUAACGUUUUAUAGACAGAAAGAGGGAUCCUUUUUACUUCUGUCAUUAAACACCUUCAGUCUGGAGUCAUAGGCUGUCUGCAACGAAGCGAAUAAGAAAUGAUGGCAUGAUUGUGACAACAUGAAAAAGAAAAAGUGUGGAGGAAUAUUUUUCCACCGCUUUUGAAAUCACCAUAUGAACGUGGAGAAGGACUGACAGAAGAGCGAGUUGAGGAGCAGAGCACAAACAAACCUGCUGGAGCCUGGUUGCCAUGGAUCCCCCUCCCUCUCUGAGUCUGGCCCUUCUCAGUGGGAGUGAAGAUGAAGAGCAGCGUCCGUCCCUCCCUCUUAGUGGUAUCUCCCAUGCCUCCCUUUCUGGAAACUACCCUGGCAGCAACCACUCUAAUCACACAGGAGGCAACAGCAGCCUGGAGCGUCUCAAUGGCACUCCUUCACCAACUACGCCCAACCUUCCCCCAGCAUCGCUGCCCAAGUUACCCCUGUCCACAACUCCCCAGCUGUCCACGCCAAUCCCCAAUGCGCUCCACCCCACCAGCACGCCACUGUCCUCCUGCCUCGGUAGCCAACACAGCCUGAGCGGGGAGGCCUCGCCCGUCUACAACGCACUAUUCUACUCCUCACAUUCACCUUCCACCGAGAGAGAACGAGAGCGGGAGAGAGAGCGAGAUAGAGGAUGUAAGCACAGGCAGGCUAGUCCACUGGUACACAGGAGGGACAGUAACCCCUUUACAGAGAUCGCCAUGAGCUCGUGCAAGUACAGCGGUGGCGUGAUGAAGCCACUCAGCCGCCUCAGCGCCUCCCGCAGGAACCUCAUUGAGUCUGACAGCGGCAGUGACACCAAAGAGGGCGGUGCAAGUGCUGGCCAGGGUACUGCGCCCUCCUCUCAGAAUAGCCAAUCACAAUCCCAGAACCCUCCAGAGAUCGUUAUCUCCUCUAAAGAGGAUCCGCCUUAUGCACACGCUUAUGAACUCGAUGCAUCUGCCAAUCAAAUGUCCAUCUACCACCAGAACCACGCUCUCUCUGAGAGUAGGGGCAUGUUGGGGAUGGGUGGCAUGCCGGUGGGUGGGACUAAUGGAAGAAGGGGCGGUGCCGUGGGAGGGGUGGGGAGGACUGCUUCCAAAGCUACUAAACGUAAGAAUCAGAACAUCGGCUACAAACUAGGCCACAGGAGGGCACUGUUUGAAAAGAGGAAGAGACUUAGUGACUAUGCUCUCAUAUUCGGCAUGUUUGGCAUUGUUGUCAUGGUGAUUGAGACCGAGCUAUCCUGGGGUGUCUACAAUAAGAGCUCCAUGUAUUCUCUGGCAUUGAAGUGUCUUAUCAGCCUUUCCACAGUCAUCCUUCUUGGACUAAUCAUUGCUUACCAUGCUCGAGAGGUGCAGCUCUUCGUCAUUGACAAUGGUGCGGAUGACUGGCGGAUCGCAAUGACCAUGGAGCGAGUGCUGCUUAUCGCUCUGGAGCUAAUCGUCUCGGCGGUUCACCCGGUGCCGGGGGACUUCAAGUUCAUGUGGCGGGCACGGCUGGCCUUCUCCUACGCUCCCUCGCAGGCGGAGGCAGAUCUGGACAUGGUGCUGUCUGUGCCCAUGUUCCUUAGACUCUACCUCAUUGCCCGAGUAAUGCUACUACACAGCAAGCUCUUCACCGACGCCUCUUCUCGCAGCAUAGGGGCACUAAACAAGGUGCACUUUAACACACGGUUUGUGAUGAAGACUCUGAUGACCAUCUGCCCAGGCACAGUGCUGCUCGUCUUCAGUAUCUCCCUGUGGAUCAUCGCUGCCUGGACCGUAAGAGUGUGUGAGAGGUACCAUGAUGCUCAGGAUGUAACUAGUAAUUUUUUGGGUGCCAUGUGGUUAAUCUCCAUCACCUUCCUCUCCAUUGGAUAUGGAGACAUGGUGCCUCACACCUACUGUGGCAAGGGAGUGUGUCUGCUCACAGGAAUUAUGGGAGCAGGAUGCACUGCAUUGGUUGUUGCCGUGGUAGCCAGGAAGCUUGAGCUGACAAAGGCAGAGAAGCAUGUGCACAACUUUAUGAUGGACACACAGCUCACCAAACGGAUAAAGAAUGCAGCGGCAAAUGUUCUACGAGAGACUUGGCUGAUAUACAAGCACACCAAACUGAUGAAGAAGAUUGACCACUCCCGUGUACGCAAGCAUCAGAGGAAGUUCCUCCAAGCCAUUCACCAAUUGCGAAGUGUUAAAAUGGAGCAGAGAAAACUCAGUGAUCAAGCCAAUACUUUGGUGGACUUAUCAAAGAUGCAAAGCGUCAUGUAUGAAUUGAUGUCAGAGCUGAAUGACCGCAGUGAGGAUCUGGAGAGGCAGAUGUUAGGUCUGGAGCAGCGGGUGGAGCAGUUGACAGCCGGCUUUAUCGCUCUGCCCGCUCACCUGUCCGCCACUCUCACUGCCCAGCAUGCUGCACUUGUUCAACUGCUGCGUGAGCGUGAUGCCAAGGUCCUGAGCCCCACUGUGCCCUCUGUGCUCUCACCCACCGCUGCCAACAUGCCUCUAGCCAACCCCCCCUCUGGCUCCAUCACCACCCUUGCCCAGCCCACCGAGGACAGCCCCAACACCAGCACCUCCAACUGCUGAGAGCGCUGGCAUGGGCAGGGCCUCUGGGGUGGAGAGAUGGAUGAAUAGUCAAAAUAACGCAUACACAUAAAAUGCACUGUAACUACAAGUAUUACACAGCUUAACACCACAGAAUAUAUCAUGACGGAGGAGAGGCUAACAUUUGCACAAAUACCCUAUGACAAAACUGCCAUAUUUCAUGUAGUCCACAAGAAGGAGAUACCUUACUGUUAACAUGAAUGUAUACAUUUCAGAAGACACUGACACAUACAUAUACAUGUUAACAUGCAUGGACACACACACACACACACUUUCUCUAAUUUUGUCUUUGCUACCAAAGUGCUCUGUCUAUAUUUGACUGAAAUGGACUAAAGUGUGAGUUGCAAAUGAGGGACUGGGGUGGGCGGGGGGUGUUUAGAGAGAUACAGAUAUAAAUAAUGAAUACCUGAGAAUGUUAUGAUGGAAAAAUCAUCAUAGAAAUCUGGACAGCACUUUUUUUUACAGUCUUCAAGAGACUGACAGCCAUUUGAGCAAAGUAUUAUUACAAAGAGCGACGCUAAAGCCAGUCAGUUUCAGUCAGUACAUUAUAAAACCACCCCAUCAAGGUGGAACAGCUGCUCACACGGAAAUAACUGUAGAAUGAGGGAUUAUAGUCAUUUUCUGAGUGGAAUUGCUUCUAUUAUAAUGGUGUGUUGGAAUAAGACUGUUUUACUUCUAACCCCAUUUCAAUGGAGACUAUUUUGAUAACUGACUAAUAGUGACACCCUGUGGCCGGAAUACUGAAUUAUAUCCGCUUGGAAUAUUGUACAGUAUGCUAUUACUGAAACUUAGCUUUGUAUCGCUCAGUUUUUUACCAUUAAUAAUUACUAACGCAGUUAUAGCUCAUAUUUAAUAUAAUUAUACAAUAUAAUUUUUCUCAUUCGUCAUAAAAAUUAUGAUUGCUGUACAAAUAAUGAUUUUAUUAAUAUUCAUUAUAGAUAAGGGAGGUGCCGUUUGAGGUUUAAAUUAUUUUGUAAUUUUAUUUUACC